UUAAAAUAAGUCAAUUAAUUUAAAAAAUAUGCUUUUUUAUGUUAUACUUUAAUGUUUUCGUUCUCCGUGCUGCUCUAACAAGUGUAAUUUGUGAAUUAAAAAGGCAAGUGGUGAAAGAUUGACAUUCAAGAUAACUGAUCUGAUCAACAUAUUACGUGUUAUAAGCAAAAAGUUGCUUCGUUCAUGUGUUGGAGAUAAGUUUAUCGGGUGCAGCGAUGCGCGAAUUGCAGCAAUGUGCUUUCCACGUAAAAACCGCGGCGCAAUGGCGCAUAGGCGAAUAAAAAAUAGGGAUUUUUCAAUUUCUUAAAUUUUUUAAGUCUGGAAAAGAAUAUUCAAAUAAUCUUAGAUUGUAUUGCUUGAAAUAAAAUAACAGAAUUGUAUUAAUUUACACAUAUAGCAAAAAUUUACAUUGCAGUACGCUUGACGUUUAAAAGAUUACUGAAAGAUUUCAUUUCUUCAAGCACCACUGCGCGGUUGCAUUAAUAUUUCUCGUGCGCCCCGCUUAACACACGUUCAUCUCUCACUCCUGCGAUUCGAGCAGCGCGACUGUAAGGCAUUACAAAAUAAUGGGAAUCGUUAAACUUUCCAGAUUUUGCAACGAUUCUACUUGUGCGCCACGUAUUAACAUCCGCGGUGGCGGGGUUGUUCCGCGCGUAACAUUCGCGAAAAGUAUAGCAUUCGGUUUGUUUGCGGUUACACAAAUCACGUGUUCCAAAUACCGCGAUUUUUAAUAAGAAUAAAGACCUUAAUCUUAGCGGAAUUAUUGCUAAUCAAUCCGAAAAAAACGUACUUGGGAGAAACAUAGAAACAAAGCAACAUAAAAACGUUCUCUUUUUUUCUUAUAGUCGGAAACAACAAUUUGCCUGCAAAUCGCAUUGUGCGCUUUCUCAAUAAAGAUUUUUCAAUAAAGACAGAGAGGGAGGGAAAAGGAGAUUUACUCCAACUGUGACCCAGAACUAAAUGCGUUCAUGGCUAUAAUCACCUCUAGUAGCUAAUGCUAGUUGCGAAAUUUCUGCUGCUCGUGAAACUCGCGUUUAUUUGACCUGAGGGUGAAUGCCGCAUAGGGCGAGAAUUAGCAAAACUAUAAGAAUUGAAUAAAGUAACUACUGUGUAAUUGGGCUUAAAAUUGGACUUAUUGAAAUUUUAUAAGAAAGCACAAAAUAUUUUAUAAAUAUAAGAGAAUCUUAUAAAAUCUUUACGUGUAUAAUUCUUCAGAAACUCUUAAAGAGAGAUUUUUGAUUAUUUAAGAGAAAUUAUUACACUUUAAUUGCAUAAAAAUGAUUACACGUUACAGUUGUCUUAUUCAUUAUAUUACAUAUUAUCUAAUUAGUUCAUGGGGAGUAAUAAUAAUAGUUCUAUUGUUAGUGGAAUGCAUGCGUACCGACUUCUCAGCAUAUAUAUAUAAAUAAUGGUGAUUUCAACAUGAGACCAAGUCCGCUGAAACGAAUGAAACGACUAGAACAGUGGAAAAAGAUCGCACGGUUUUCCUCGGUGAGGUAAAUGCCGAUUAAAGAAACGCGGAUUGUGAAAUUAAUAUGCACAUGUAUGGAAUAGUACAAUGCCAUAAAUUAAUUAAACUGGAAUCGAUUGAAGGAAUGCGGACCAUUCUUAUCAUUGUAAAAUUAAUAUGCAUUUCGAGUUUACGUGUAAAAGGAAAUUCAAGUCGAGGAAAACGGCGGAACAAAUAAACGUGCGAAAUGAUUGUGUCUUGCCGCGAUCGCAAUGAGAGAUCAAUUCUCUCUUUUCUGUUCUCCGUGAACCGUAUUGACGUUGCGCCAUCGGAUCCCACGUCACGUCUUCUGCAAAAUGCACCGGGCGCAACCCGGUGAUUGUGAAAUCAACAUGGCUAUAGAAACGGCGUAGGAAUCAUCGUACGCCGAGGAAGUCUAUUGUUGUCCAACUUGCCUUAAUCGGCUAUAACUUCCUUAAAUAAUGUGCGCCGACUAUUACGAAUACUCUGAGAUUUAUGAUUACAAUACAUUCUGCUGUCAUAAUGCGGUUUCUCAGAAUACGCGCGUAUCUUCUAACAAUAAUAAUUACGUAGUCGUAAGUUAAACAAACAAAAUUAAUCCUUCUGUUUUUAAAUUAUUUUAUUUUUGUUAGUUACUUUUAUACUUAAUUUUUUUAUGUAUUUUUUAAUAAGCAGACACUUUUAGUUUACGAUCCGCUACGUUUCUUUACACUAGUAUUACGCACUUUACCUCUUUCAUCAUCAAUAGGUGGAUGUUGUAAAAGAUUUAUUGUGCGAACAGAACUUAACAAAUAGUGCCACAUCCUAUUCGCAAUCGUCGUAAUAAGCAUCGCCGAUUCCCGGACAUAAGAUUGAUUACUCUGGAUCAUAAAUCGCACGUGUAUUGAUCGCAAAGUUGAACUGCGGCGGUUACUAAUGUGCAGCGAGUAGCGUUCGUAAAAGAUUUGCAGGUGUAAUUGGGCGUACGUAUUGAUGGAGCGGCUGAUUAGGAUGUAACGCAGAGACCGGGGGAAAUGUGGAGGUGAACGUAUGAGAAGGAAAACGUGCUCGGGCGUUUUUGCAAUUUGCGCAAGAGUCGCACUGCACCUAUAAAACAACCCGAACAAAUGUCUAAAAGACGAUGUCAAAAUAUCUACAUUAUCUUAUGUUGGAUCGAUUUAAUAGCGGCGAUUUAGCGUCGAUCACGAUCUAACGCGCCGUUUUUUAUUCGAGCUACGUGCAGACUUGCUGUUUCCGACAAACCGGGUUAAUGACAUGCGGCUUUUGUUUUCGGGGUCUCGGAAUCGAUGAACUUAGCCCUCGGCAUUUUCAAGGGUGUUUCGUCUUGGUACCGGAAGUCACGAUAGACGGUCGUUGAAAGGCGUCGAGCUCCGAAUAAGGGAUCCGAAAGGGCUGAUCGCGUGCUAUUGGUGAAAGGGGUCUGCAUCCGAAGCGGUGCAAUCCGUCAGUACCCCCGCCUCAUCCCUCGGUCGCCCUGGUCCUGGGCAGGGCCUCGCUAUAAAAGCAUACCGCGUCGCCCCUCGAACACGUAGUGUCUCCCUGUGUAGCGCACAAGAAAAACUGUCAUCACACACCAUGAAGUUCUUCAUUGUUCUGUUUGCCGUUGUGGCGGCCGCGAGCGCCGGAAUUAUCGGCGGAUAUCAUGAGCCGAUCGAGCAGCCUUGGGUAGCUCCUGUGGUGCACUCUGCACCGUUGGUGCAUGCUGCACCGUUGGUGCACGCCGCUCCGGUGGUACAUGCACCUUCGCCUUGGGUCGCUCCCGCACCCAAAUACGUCAAGGUCGCCGCUCCCGUGGCGUAUGCUAAGGAAUAUCACCACGUGCUCAGCAUUCCGCAGCAACCUGCCAUUCCACCUCCGCAUCCGAAGCCCCUAAAUAUCAAGGCCCAUGCCCAUGUCACCAGAAUACAUUACGAUGCUCCCCAUAUUCCGCAUCCGCAUCUUCUCGGCGUCGAGCAUUACGUGCCCGCUCCGGAACCCGCAAUCUCCGUCGUCAAGGCUCACGGACACGGCUGGGCCUAAAGUCCCCGUUUGAGGAUGCCCGCUAGACCCGCUGGUCCGAAGUGGUCCAUAUCGAAUUAGUAAUCAUCCCGAGGCCUGCUACCACGCAAUGACAGCAGACAACUUGGUCGAUAUCGCUAAAGAGCUUCUCGCAAUGAUUUAAACUUUUGGUAAAAUAUGUAAAAUAAGGAUAUGAAGAUCAUCGCGAGGGUCAUUGGAAUCAGUUUUUCCAUGGAAUUCGAGAAUCUCGGGAAGGAUGAAAAUUUUGGACCACUCGCGGAUCCAUCGCAGACCAGGCAAACAAACUGAAGAAAAAAAAACCUAGUCUCGAACUUAUUUUAGAGUGCUACAUAUGACACUAUGCCUCACACAAACACAUACGGACAUGAACACAUCCGCGUCUUUUUCUGUUCUUUCAUUUUUUUCUUGUCUUAACACCGAAAUUUCCGUGCGGCAAUUGUGAUAUUGAAGAAGACAUCACAAGAAAGAGAGAGAGAGAGAGCGUUUGUCCUUUUUUUUCGAAUCCCAUACCAUUUUUUUUCUCUGUCCGUAGCAACACUUAUUUAUUUUCUAAUAAAAGUUGACUCGUGUAUGUCUUGUGAUAAACCAA